CGAAUUCCCGGGAGGGAGGGGUGGGUCUGGGAACGUUGCGGCGGUAGCCGCUGCGGCCCCAGCGUUCAGGGCUCUUCCCCGGCCAAGCCUGUGCUGGGGAGCUUCCGCUGCCUCCUCCGGCGGCGCUCACCCGGCCACAGAUGGUGGGUCCGGAGGAUGCCGCAGGCUGCUCGGCAAGAAACCCCAAGUUGCUCCCUUUGCCGGCGCCCGAUUCCGCGGGCCUGGACGGGAAAAUGAUUCGGGCCACAGGCGGCUUUGGCGGAGGCGUCGGCGCUGUGGAGCCUCCCGAAGAGGAGGAGGAGGAGGAGGAGACGCCGCCGCCUCAGCAGCUCCUUCGGCGUUACCUCGCGGCGGCCGGGGCACAGCUGGAGCCCGGGCUGUGCUACUGUCCGCUCCCCGCCGGCCACUCCUGUGGUCUGCCGCCCUUGGCAGCCCCGCGCUCGGACGCCUGCCAGCCGGACGCCGGCUCCAAGCACCGGGACGCGGAGGCGGUGGAUGCUGGCUCGGCGCGACACGGUGGCAUGACCAACGGGGACUCGGGCUUUCUGCUGGGUCAGGACUCUCGCGACCUGGCCCGCGCCGGCAGCCGGGAACCGCGCCACCGCCGCCUCGGUCCGGACGGGCCUGGCGACGAGGGCGCGGACGGCGCGGGCAUCCUGUCUGACUGGGCCGCGCCGCUCGAGGACCCACUGCGGAGCUGCUGCCUGGAGGCGGCGGACGCCGAGGAGCCCGAGGGCGCGGGCAGCGGCGCGAGGGACAGUUCGACCAGCGACGGCAGCGGCAGCGAGGACUUGGAGCGGCCGGGAGCCGGAGCCGGGGGUUCCGAGGAGGGCGCGUCGCCCAUCACCUCGGCGGAGAGGACUAGUGGGGGCUCCGGCGCCAAGCCGCGCGUCGGUUUCUCUGACGUUCACUUGAACUCUCGGAAUACGUUCGAGGUGAGCCGCUGCCAAAGCGCCCGCGACCACCUGCCGCCGGCGGGGGCGCCGGUGUCCUUGCCGGCCGCGGAACAGGGCCCUGCCGGGCCCUCGACUCGGGCUCGACGGAGCGGCGGCUUCGCCGACUUCUUCGCCAGAAACCUUUUCCCAAAAAGGACAAAAGAACUCAAAUCAGUUGUACAUAGUGCUCCUGGCUGGAAAUUAUUUGGUAAAGUCCCUCCCAGAGAGAAUCUUCAGAAAACUUCCAAAAUCAUUCAGCAGAGUUUCUCAGAAGACCAAGUUCGCCCUCUAGAGGCAAAAACAGUGGUCUUGCUAUUAAAGGAAUAUGAAGCACGGACAGGGAGAACCUGUAAACCACCACCUCAGUCUUCAAGACGAAAGAAUUUUGAAUUUGAGCCACUUUCUACCACUGCCCUGAUUCUUGAGGAUCGACCAUCAAAUCUUCCUGCCAAAUCUGUGGAAGAGGCUUUACGUCACCGACAAGAAUAUGAUGAGAUGGUGGCUGAGGCUAAAAAACGAGAAAUUAAAGAAGCACAUAAAAGGAAAAAAAUAAUGAAAGAAAGGUUUAAACAGGAAGAAAGUAUUGCAAGUGCAAUGGUAAUUUGGAUCAAUGAAAUACUACCCAAUUGGGAAGUAAUGCGUAGUACGAGAAGAGUUCGAGAAUUGUGGUGGCAGGGAUUGCCCCCUAGUGUUCGUGGGAAAGUUUGGAGUCUAGCUGUAGGAAAUGAACUAAAUAUCACUCCUGAACUUUAUGAAAUCUUCCUCUCAAGAGCAAAGGAACGGUGGAAAAGUUUCAGUGAAACAAGUUCAGAGAAUGAUGUAGAAGGUGUAUCUGUUGCUGAUCGAGAGGCCAGUCUAGAAUUAAUUAAAUUGGACAUAUCCCGUACAUUUCCAUCUCUCUACAUCUUUCAGAAGGGUGGCCCAUAUCAUGAUGUCUUACAUAGUAUAUUAGGAGCAUAUACAUGUUACCGACCGGAUGUUGGUUAUGUCCAAGGGAUGUCCUUCAUAGCAGCAGUUCUCAUUCUCAACUUGGAAGAAGCAGAUGCCUUCAUUGCAUUUGCAAAUCUCCUGAAUAAGCCAUGCCAGUUAGCCUUUUUUCGUGUGGAUCACAGCAUGAUGUUGAAAUAUUUUGCAACGUUUGAAGUAUUUUUUGAAGAAAAUCUCUCCAAACUAUUUCUUCAUUUCAAAUCUUAUAGUCUUACACCAGAUAUAUACUUGAUAGACUGGAUCUUCACACUAUAUAGCAAAUCACUACCACUUGAUCUGGCCUGUCGAGUAUGGGAUGUAUUUUGCAGAGAUGGGGAGGAAUUUUUAUUUAGGACUGGAUUAGGAAUCCUCCGAUUAUAUGAAGAUAUUCUUCUACAGAUGGACUUUAUUCACAUAGCACAGUUUCUAACUAAAUUGCCGGAAGAUAUCACAUCAGAAAAACUGUUCAGCUGUAUUGCAGCCAUUCAGAUGCAGAAUAGUACCAAAAAAUGGACUCAGGUCUUUGCAUCUAUGAUGAAGGAUAUUAAAGAAGGAGACAAGAAUAAUAGUCCAGCUCUGAAAAGCUAACCUUCAAAAUUAACAAAAUAAUUGCAAUAUAACAAAUGUUUUUUGAUAAAAGUUUUUGUUUCCUAUGUAAAAAGCAUGGUAGAAAAUGCUGAAGAAAGCUAAAAGAAUCAAGACAUGGAAAACUACUGAUUUUGAAUUCCAUGGCUGAAGUAAAUGAGUAACCCAUUGACAGUAUUAAUUUAAAAAGUAUUUUAUAGGGAGAGCCAUUUUACAAAGGAGAAAAUUUAAAUGGCUAGUUCAUACUCCAUAAUAUGGAGUGAAUAGUUUAAUGCAAUAAGUUUUUUAAUAGCUUUGGAUAUAGUUCAAAAUUUUUACAUCUUUUCUUUUUUUAACUAUUAGCAUAAAGGCACUUUGGAGGUCAGAACAGGCUAUUUAAAUACUACUUUAACUCCUAAAAUACUAUUUGAAAUAAACGCCUUAGUACAGAUAUUAUCUCCGGUUCCAAACAUUUGAAGAUAUUAUAGACCAAUAAUAAGCAACUUUGAUUGUAAAGUGUUUAUGUUACUGAUGUUUAUAUUCACUCCCAGGUUGGGGCAAAUUUGGGUUAUCUGGGAACUGGAAAUAUUGGUAGGAGAUUGUUUAGCACUUAUGUAAGUGUUUUCCACAGUAUCAUGUCUGUUUUUAAAAGGAAAUUGUUUCUUUUUCUCAAGGAAUUCCUGUCACUCAGAGGAAUUUAGCUUUUCUGUUUCUAGUCUAAGAAUUGUUCAUCUAGUAAUUUAAGAAAGCUAACUGUUAGAAGAAAAUUUCUUUGCACUUUAAUGGACUGAAGACUUUUUGGAGGGAGUAAGUCCAUAAAUAUAAAUGAGGUUUUUCACUGGUAAGAAUAAAAAGUAAUGAAUUCUGAGAGUUCUUAAAUAGCAUGCUACUUGGCAAGACUUUAAGUUUGUUAGUUAAAAUUCUUUCACUGUCUGUAGAAACAAAAUUUGGUAAUUCCAGUUUGAAUUUUGAAACAUGUAGCAAAGUCCAUCACUUGUAAAACCCUGUGUAUAAUUUUCUAAUCAAUGGAAAUGAGAGUAAAAGAAAGUUAAAAUUUAAUUUUUUUCUAAUGAGUUUAACUUUGAUGAUAUAGUGGAUAAAGGAAUGAUUAAUUAUUGGUAACCUGACAUUAAAUUUAUUAUGUUUGAUUCUUGAGCUUAAAAUAAAUCACUUUAUUAUUAUUGAUAUCUAUAUAACAUGGUAUUUGGUUAAUAAUUAGACUUAUAGUAUGCUUUUAUGUUGCACUUUGGUUUGAAACAACACUUAAGCACACUAUUUCUGUUAGCGGUAUAUAGUCUUCAAACUAACAAGUCUGAGAACCUUGUUAGUGUAGUGACUGCCUCUUUAGGAAUAUGGGACCAGAUGGUAUCCAUGUAUUUUUACCCCAUGGGUCACUCUAGCCUAGGGACCACUAAUGGAGCCCUCAGAAGUUAACUCCUGUCAUAGGAGCUUUCUUAGUGGAAACUAGUAGUGUAAUAAAAUAUUGAGGGAGUACUCAGGGCCUUAAUAGGUUUUAGAAUGACAUAUUAACUCUGAUAACUACUUCCUUGGUAUUGGUGGCCCUGAUAGAGGGAAUGAAACCCCUGGCAGUAAUCUCAUUGAGGUUGUACUACCUGCCAAAAUUUAAUCUUACUUUUGUGUAUUUGUUUCCUAAGUUGGGCCUAAGUUACUGUAUUUUUUUUUCUCAUUUUUAUUAUUGUACAGUUUCUUUACCUUUCAAGUAUAAAUGUGUAUAUAAAAUGUAAAUACAAGGAAUUUACUAAAACCCACUAUUAACAAUUACUGUGUAAAUAAAACUUAUAAGCAGA